AUCUGGUGGGGCAGACUUCCCCAUGGGUUUGUUUGUGUUGGGUUGGAUUGGAUUGGUUGCUACCUAAAUUGCAGCUUUAUGGAAUGUGUGUGUGUUACUGAUGCUGUUGGAAGAGGAGGGAAACAGAAAAAGGGAGCAAAGGUCAGAAGAGGGUGGGGGGGUCCAGACCCGUAAUGGCAAAGCAAAAGGGGGAAAAAAGAAGGAGUCAAAACAGGAUUGGUUUGGCCGUGAAAAUGCGACACUCAUACCUGCUGCCACUGAAAGAGCGACAGCCUCGAUUGGAAGAGCCCCGGGCGCUGCGAUGCUAAUGUUGUCGGGGGCUUUGACUUCUCCCAGCCAUUGCAAGCGAGCUGCUUCGCCAGACAGCCACGUUCUCCCAGCCGUGCUACCGAACCACGUCCUCGCGUUUGGCAGGUGCCGUUUGCCUACCAAAAAGAAAAAACGAAAGAAAAUAAGAAUCAAAUCCUUCAAAUGGACGAGACGGAUAUCAUGGACUUGACGCAUCAGAAGGCGAGGAAGCGACCGCGGCCAAUCACUUCCGCGGACGAGGCGGUGCAUGCUCCUCUUAAACGGGUGCCGAUGCGGGCUGCAGAGUGCCGGGAGACGUCGCUCAUGUUCGCGGUGCGUGGAGAGCCGGUCCCCGCUGCCUCUCUCAAGCAAAAUGACCACUCGGUGACCUCCUCUCCGACCAGCGUCAUGCCGGCGCAGGAUAAUCGCUCCAGCAUGUCCAGGCCCAUGAUCACACGGUCGCCUGUGUCCCCCUUGAGCAACCAGGGCAUCCCCACGCCAGCGCAGCUCACCAAGUCCAACGCCCCCGUACACAUCGACGUGGGGGGACACAUGUACACCAGCAGCCUGGCCACCCUCACCAAAUUCCCAGAAUCCAGAAUUGGUCGUCUCUUUGAUGGCACAGAGCCCAUAGUCCUAGACAGCCUGAAGCAGCACUACUUCAUUGACAGGGACGGACACAUGUUCCGCUACAUCCUCAACUUCCUCAGGACGUCCAAGCUGCUCAUCCCGGACGACUUCAAAGACUACAGCUUGCUGUUCGAGGAGGCCAGAUACUUCCAGCUGCAGCCCAUGCUUUCUGAGCUGGAGCGCUGGCGCCAUGACCAAGAACUGGGCCGGGUGUCACGCCCCUGCGAGUGCCUGGUGGUGCGUGUGGCACCCGACCUGGGUGAGAGGAUAACGCUGAGUGGAGACAAGGCCCUGAUAGAGGACGUCUUUCCCGAGAUCGGUGAUGUCAUGUGCAACUCAGUCAAUGCCGGCUGGAACCACGACUCCACCCACGUCAUCCGUUUCCCACUCAACGGCUACUGCCACCUUAACUCUGUCCAGGUUCUCGAGCGCCUGCAGCAGCGAGGCUUCGAGAUCGCCGGCUCCUGUGGCGGAGGCGUGGACUCCUCCCAAUUCAGCGAGUACGUUCUGAGGCGGGAACUGAGGAGGACGAGUCAGCGAGGACCCAAUUCCAAUAGGAUAAAGCAAGAGCAGCUGGACUAGAGACCCCCCCCCCACUUAAGGGGGUGUGGUGUGUGCUGGACUUUUCCGUGGACUCCUCACUUUUUAUCUUCAUUUUUUUUUGUUUAUGUUUUCUUCUUGUCAAUGUUUUGGUUUUCUUAUACAAGAACCAUCUUAGAGAAUUAAAAGGAAAAAAAAUGAAAUGCCGACAUUUUUGAGUUUGGAGAUUGCGAAGACAUUUGUGAUUGUCUUACCCAUCAAAACGAUUGAGAAAGAUUUAUAUAUGUUGUAUCCCUAAAUAAAGUUUGUUUUAAAACUUGGA